AGCCCGAGCUAAUCAACGAUUCACGGAUUGACAUCUGUGUGAAGACGGUGCGGAACCUAGGAAGAGAGCUCUUCUGGUUGGAGUUGACGAAGAAUGAAAUAGCAUCAAUCAUGGACUUGGAAACCAACUAGAACAAUCGAUACUACGGAGAGAAUGGCAAAUGAAAAAUGGAUUUUCUGGAGAUGCAAAAUUCAGCUACAUUUUCAAGAAGAACUCCCAUCGUGGACGACUGUCCAACAGCUUACAUGCCAGGAAAGUUAUAGACAGGAUCCAUAAAUUGGCUCCAUACAACCUGGAAGGUACUGGCUCUCCAGUUCAUGAUAUAGCAUCACAAUAAAAAUCCUUACAUCAGGAAGAUCCGAGCUUCAUU